AUGGCGGGCUGCCUCAGCAAUGGCAGACUACCUCCGCAGUGGUGGACUGCCUGGAAGACUUUCCUGUUUCUUCCACUUUUUGACCGAGUACUGCUUGAAAGGAGUGCUGCUGAAACUGUAACCAAAGGAGGCCUUAUGCUUCCAGAAAAAUCUCAAGGAAAAGUAUUGCAAGCAACAGUAGUUGCUGUUGGAUCAGGUUCUAAAGGAAAGGGUGGAGAGAUUCAACCAGUUAGUGUGAAAGUUGGAGGUAAAGUUCUUCUCCCAGAAUAUGGAGGCACCAAAAUAGUUCUAGGUGACAAGGAUUAUUUUCUAUUUAGAGACGGUGACAUUCUUGGAAAGUACGUAGACUGA